CGGUUACGGGUCAGCACCAAACAGCAGGGAUCCAGAAAUAUCAGAUCCUUUGAAGUCAAGGAAAACAUUUAUGUUCUCUUCAAUCCCUGGAAUAAAGACGACGGCGUGUUUCUGCCGGAUGACGCCAAACGACGGGAGUAUGUGCUCAAUGAUAUCGGAAAAAUAUAUAUCGGAUCCCAUUCUAAGCCUAAGGGUAGACAAUGGGUUUAUGGACAGUUCGCAGAUUCAGUACUUCCGGCCGUAAUGUUUAUGAUGGAUAAGACACGACUGGACUACACGGCUCGGGCCAAUCCGGUCAAAGUGGUCCGAUCUGUGGCCGCGAUGGUCAACAGUCACGACGACAACGGCCUACUGGUAGGCAACUGGUCGGGCAAUUACAACGAUGGCAACGCUCCCUGGCAGUGGACGGGCAGUGCGCCCAUCUUCGAGCAGUACUUGCGCACCAACGGCGAGCCCAUUAAGUUUGGUCAGUGUUGGGUGUUUGCCGGCUCGACCACCACCAUGAGCCGGGCACUGGGUAUACCGGCCCGCACUAUCACCAACUUUGUGUCGGCCCACGACACCGACGACAGUCUCACUGUCGACAAGUUUUUCACUCGUGAAGGCGAACCCAUAUCUGAUGUGAACUCCGACUCGAUUUGGAAUUUUCACGUUUGGACUGAUGUUUGGAUGUCGAGGUAUGAGUGCUUUGCCACC